AUGCACCUGUGUUUAUUAAGUCUAUUCGUGUGUGGCCGAACCCUACUCGAAACUACUGGAAAAUUCUCUUCACCACAACUGGCAAAGCGCCUGCUGAAGCCGGACUGUCCCGGUUGCCCGGGUUCUGCAGGUGACCGACAGACAGAGCAGGAUAUGGCGAACAAUUUGAUGCAGAUCAUGGACUGGUCCCCAGAGUCAGAAAGUUUUUAUCACCCAACCAGCCAUACAGAUUACCAGAUCACCGGAAUGGUUGGUGAUGGCCCCGGCGCAUCUAGUUCGGCCAACAAGACUUCAUGGCUCCAUCGGAAACGAGGAAACUUCACUUUGGGAACUCGGCGUAGACGCCGACUGCGGGAGAUUGGCUCUAGUCCUUCAGAGGAGCUAAAUGAGGACUGGAGAGGAGGCGGAGGAAGUGUGUUUAAUUCUGAAGCUACCGAAGGCGGAGGCAAUAGUGGUAGCAGUGGCAAUGGAGGCAUUGAAGGAUCUGUAGGUCCCGUUGGAGGAUUGCUAGGUGGCUUUACUUCUCUCGUCUACCGGCCAAGAGAGCAACAGUUUGCAGCCGAUGAGGUGAUUCUGUGCCAGUGGCGCAUUAAUGCUGUACCUGGUGAACGUGUUCUGCUCAAUUUCACGUUGAUGGACAUUCGUGACAGUUCUCUGGCUGCUCUACCGUCGCCGACCGCCUCUCCAGUAUCCAUGUCGUUGACGUCGGUGUCGACGUCUUCACUGACCUCAGGUCAGUCAAGCCAAAUUGGCAGGUCGCCAAAGAGGACAAGUAGCGGAGAUGUGGGCAGUGCUGGUGAGAGUGAAGAGGAAGAGGAGACCGAAGGUGGUAGCGACAGAGGAGGAGGCUCGGACGAAGCUGCAGGAGGCGUCCCAGGCCACGGAGCGAUGUCACGACUCCUCUUCACAGCACAGGCAGAUGCUUCGCCUGGAACACCUGCUACUGGGCAAAGUAGGUCGGGGUCAGCAGAAGGCGGAGGUGGAAGCCUAUCGUGCGUCGACAAUUAUGUGGAGGUACGCGACGGCUACCACUCCAAGGCUCCGCUAAUCGGUAAACAUUUGUGGUGCAUAAUAAAAUUAUUCACAGACCUUUAA